AUGACCAACGUCGACAGCAUAUACAUCAACAGUAAAUACCCUGUGACAAUUCAUAGAAUCGAACAAUACGUUAAGAACAAGGAAGCCAAAGAUCGGUUCAUUGUGGACAAAGACAUGACUCUGUCUAAAUGCCCCAAAUAUAGGCAAACAGGCUUGACUUGGAAAUUCCCCGGAAGCCUGGCGACCAGAAGCAAGUUUGAAUGCUUCCAGGAGGGAAAUCAACUGUGCAAAGGAGUCACAACAGGCAACGAGACCGGAAAGUGCGUGGUCACAAUGGAAGGCAAUAACCUUAUUCAUAGGCGAGUGGUGAACGCUUCCAACAAUGGCGUUGAAUUUUUCUACUGUUAUCUGGACAAGGCCACUCCGCAACGCGCACUGACCUACAAUGUGGAUUGGCGAAACUCGUCGGCAAUACCACGAAAAGGCGUACCGCCUGAGUUACUGUUUCCGGUUAUACAGCCGAAAACUGGUAUCGUGUCACCACCAACAGCAAAAACCUCUGCCGCCCAGCACCUGACAGCUCCAGAGAUUUCCUUUGAAGAGUAA